GGUUGUUUUUUAAUUGCUUUAUCGUUCGUAUUUUUCCUCUCAUAAGAUACUAUCCCUCGCUAGUAAACUGAUAAUUUAUAGAAGGCAUGCAGAAGUAAACAUGAAUCGCGUGCUACUCGAUCGUGUUUUUAGAAAUGAUCGUUUCAUUUCAAGAUUUUAUUCGAAUAGAAAAAUCAUAGCAAUUAGACGUGAAGAUCAAAGCGUUUGGGAAAGACGAGCACCAUUUUCACCAGCUCACGUCAAAAAAUUAGUUAAACAUGGUGUUAAAGUCAUUGUACAACCAAGUAAUAGACGAGCGUAUCCAAUGCAGGCUUAUAUUAACGCAGGGGCGAUUGUGCAAGAAGAUAUUUCAGAGGCAAACGUUAUUUUUGGGGUUAAACAAGUCCCAAUUGAUCAAUUGAUACCAGAUAAAACUUAUUGUUUGUUUUCGCACACGAUUAAAGCUCAAGAAACUAAUAUGCCCUUAUUAGACGCAAUUUUAGAAAAACGAAUUCGCUUACUAGACUACGAGAAAUUAACCGAUGAAUAUGGAAAUCGAGUUGUUGCUUUUGGAAGGAUGGCUGGGAUUGCAGGAACAGUUAACAUCCUUCAUGGACUUGGGUUAAGACUUUUAGCUUUAGGUCACCACACUCCUUUCAUGCACAUUGGUCCUGCGCAUAAUUAUAGAAAUUCUAGUAUGGCCAAACAAGCUGUUAGAGAUACUGGAUAUGAAAUAGCUUUGGGUUUGAUGCCAAAAUCUAUCGGGCCAUUAACUUUUGUUUUUACGGGUUCCGGAAAUGUAUCUCAAGGGUCUCAAGAAGUAUUCCAAGAACUCCCUCACGAAUACGUUUCCCCUGAGUUAUUAAAAAAAGCAGCUGAGCAUGGAAGUUUGAACAAAGUUUAUGGAUGUGAAGUGCGUAGAAGCAGCUAUUUGGAACGAAUCGAAGGUGGAAAAUUCGAUCCAAACGAAUAUGAAGAACAUCCUGAACGAUAUAUAUCAACAUUUAAUAAAAAAAUUGCCCCGUACGCUUCGGUUAUCAUCAACGGAAUUUAUUGGGCUGUUAAUAGUCCUAAAUUGAUCACAAUCCCCGAUGCAAAACAUUUAUUAAAAUCCGCACAUACACCUUGGUUACCAACAUCAGUUGGAGCUCCGGCUCUCCCACACCGGAUGUUAGCUAUUUGUGAUAUCUCAGCCGAUCCUGGUGGAUCCAUUGAGUUUAUGAACGAAUGUACCACCAUCGACACCCCAUUCUGCCUUUACGAUGCCGAUAGAAAUAAAGAUACUAAAAGUUUUAAAGGACCUGGAGUAUUGGUUUGUAGUAUUGAUAACAUGCCAACGCAAAUUCCAAGAGAGAGCACCGAUAUGUUUGGAGAUAUGCUAUUCCCUUACGCCAUCGAUAUCAUUAAAUCAGAUGCAACAAAACCCUUAGAAAGUCAAUCAUUUUUACCAGCGGUUGAAAGCGCAAUUAUAGCUAGUAAUGGAAAACUAACCAACAACUUCGAAUAUAUCAAUGAGUUACGAAAAGUUGGAAUCAAAAGUUCUCAGCAAGGAGCUGAUGGUGUGCAAUUAAAAAAAAUAGUCAUCCUAGGUACAGGUCGCGUUUCAGCUCCUCUCGUUGAAUACCUCCAUAGAGACAUGGACGUUGGAAUUGUAGUUGCUUCGGAAGAAAAAGAUCAAUGUGAUGAUCUUGCAAGGAAAUAUGGCGGCGUUGAGAGUCGUUACGUUAAUGCCAUAGAAAAUCCAGCAUCCGUACAAGAACUAGUAAAAGGAGCUGAUGUUGUUAUUUCGAUCCUCCCAGCCCCAAUGCAUCCGGUAGUCGCAAAAGCUUGCAUUCAAGAAAAAGUACAUAUGGUUACGGCAAGUUAUGCAAGUGACACUAUGAAAGAACUUCACGAAGCAGCGGUUAACGCGGGCGUAACGAUCUUAAACGAAGUUGGACUUGACCCUGGAAUUGACCAUCUUUUAGCUUUGGAGUGCAUCCAAGACGUUCAAGCAUUGGGUGGUCGAGUAACAUCAUUCGUAUCUUAUUGCGGUGGUUUACCAGCACCAGAAUUCAGCGCAAAUCCUCUUAGAUACAAAUUUUCUUGGUCCCCACGAGGAGCACUUUUAAACACUGUAUCCGCAGCUAAAUACCUGCGAAAAGGACAAAUUGUUGAAAUACAAGAAGGUGGAGAGUUGAUGUCAUCGACAACUGAUUUAGAUUUCUUACCUGGGUUUAAUUUGGAAGGAUUCCCAAAUAGGGAUAGUAUGGUUUAUGCGAAAUUGUAUGGAUUACAAGACGCGGUUACUCUUUUAAGAGGAACUAUUAGAUACAAAGGAUUUUCGGAGGCUGCAAGAGCCCUCCAAUAUUUAGGAUUAUUAGACACCAACCCACUUCCCGUUCUUCACACUCAAGGUCCAGAUAUAACUUGGAGACAAUUAAUUUGCAAUUUAUUAGGUCUUGAGGAUGCUAAUAUGUUAACGGAAAAUCUUAAGCAGAAAAUAUCUGAACGAGCAAACACUGAAAUUGCUGUUGAAGUUUUAGAAGACCUUGAAUUAUUUAGCGAUCAAAACGUUGUUAAAUGCGGAACACCGUUAGAUACAAUUACUUAUUAUUUAUCAAGAAAACUUUCUUUAGAAAAAGACGAAAGGGACUUGGUUAUUUUACGUCACGACAUUGGAAUUGUUUGGCCAGAUAACAGAAAAGAAGAAAGAGGUAUAAAUUUGGUGGUUUAUGGAGAUGUGGGUGGUCAUUCAGCGAUGGCUAAAACGGUUGGAUUUCCAGCCGCUAUUGCCGCAAAGAUGGUUUUAGAUGGUGAAAUUCAGCAGAAAGGAGUUGUUUUGCCGUUUACCCACGAAAUAUAUAGGCCUUUAUUGUCCAGAUUGAGAUUGGAAGGAUUAUACAGCACAGAAACUUCUAAGUUUACAUAAUUCUAUAAUUGUAUAUAUAAUAACUAAGCAAAUAAAUAUAAGCACAGCAAAAUGAGAAAGAUUUAGAA